CCAGACAGGCACCGGAAGUGCUUUAUAGUUACUUCCGCUGUGACCGGCUCACUGGUACUACUCACUCCUUUAUUUGCAUUUAUUUAAUCAUUCGUGCUGGCUGCUGCCAUGGAGUCUGACGACGACCUGUUCGGGGGCAUUGUUAUGUGUGAGGAGAGGUACCACGGGGAAGGAUACGAAGAGGGUUUUGCUGAAGGAAAUCAAGUUGGUGAGAUAGAGGGCAAACAGUAUGGAGUGAUCUAUGGUGCAAGAGCUGGAUCUGAGCUGGGCUGUUAUCUGGGAUUUGCAUCGACGUGGAGGCACCUUCUCUCGCCUGGCUCAGAGGAUAAAGAAAGUAAGAAAGUAAAGACCCUUGACUCCCUGAUAAGCUUGAUUCGGAGCUUCUCAUUUGAGGACCCAACAAAUGACAAACUACAGGAUGAGAUCUCCAGGAUCCGUGGCAAAGUGAAGCAGGUCUGUUCCAUGCUGAACGUUCAGCCGGACUUUAGAAUGAACAGUGAAAGCUCUGGACUCUCGUUCUGAACUUUGGGCCUAUAGCGCAUCUCUUGCUUUGCGCUGGAAGUGUGAGAGCUGGCCCUGUGUGUACUCUGGCCCUAUUUGACCUACUUUGGUUAUUGGACUUAGAGGUUGCGACAACAACAUCUGCAGCCGUGUCUUAACCAACAGUCUCUGCACAGUCAGCCAGCAAGUUGGAGUAAGUACUGGCCAAGGAGGGAACAUAUCUUACAGCAUAUGGAGUGAUGUACAGGAAGAUCGCCCUCCCGUCCUCUGACUGUUAUUAUGGAUGUGUAAUACAAAGGACCUGGUUUCGGAGUGUCUCAAUCUCCCUGUUUCUAAAGAAUAAAUUAAGAAAUUAUUGGUACACCCUGGAAAUGAG